ACAACACGACAAGAAUUCUUUCCCAUCGCACACCCAUUCGACAGGAUGAAGAGAGAGGAUAUCACCUACUUUGGCGCCGGUCCGGCGUACCUGCCGUCCGAUGUGCUCGCCACGGCUGCUGGCGCUCUGCUGAACUACGAGGAAACUGGCUUGGGCGUGGCAGAGCACAGUCAUCGCAGCGAGCUGGCGACGAACAUCCUCAAUUCCAUGAAGGCCGAUCUGGCCGAGUUCCUCGAUAUCCCGGAUACCUACGAGAUUCUGAUUAUGCAAGGCGGAGGAUCGGGUGAAUUCAGCGCGACAAUCUAUAAUCUUGUGGCCGUGUGGGUGGAGAAGCGUCGGAAACAGCUGGUGCGCGAACGCGGCGAGAACGUCAGCGAGGAGGAGCUCGUCAAGGAGCUGCAGAAGCAGGUGCAGACGGAGCUACGACUGGACUAUCUGGUGACUGGAUCAUGGUCGCUCAAGGCCAGCCAGGAAGCGGCCCGGUUACUGGGACCGGAGUAUGUGAAUGUCGCUCUUGAUGCGCGCACCGCCAACGAGGGCAAGUUCGGCAAGAUCCCUGAGGAGUCGACAUGGAAACUCAGCCAGAAGGCGGCGCUGGUCUACAUGUGCGAGAAUGAGACGGUCGACGGAGUCGAAUUCCCCCGGUUCCCCAAGGCUUUGGAGCCCACUGGUUCAGAGGAUGGUCCGAUUGUUGUUGGAGAUUUCUCUUCCACGAUUCUCUCGAGACGCAUCCCCGUUGAGAACUACUCGAUCAUCUUCUUCGGAGCGCAAAAGAAUCUGGGCGUCACUGGAAUUACAGUGACCAUCAUCAAGAAGAGCCUGCUGCCUCCCACAAUCUCUCCCGCUGCUCCCUCGCUGCUACGCAAGCUUGGACUCCCCAUUGCGCCAGUCAUCCUCGACUAUGCGACCAUAGCCAAGAAUAACAGCCUUUACAACACCCUCAGCAUCUUCGACGUCUACGUCGCCGGCCAGGUCCUGAAGAAGCUACUGGCUACUUUCCCCGAUAAGGUGGACGGACAACAAGCCGCCGCUGAGAGAAAGGCAGCCAGCCUCUAUGCAGUGCUGGAUGCGUACCCCGACGUCUACCGCGUUGUCGCUGACAAAAGCGUGCGCUCGCGGAUGAACAUCUGCUUCCGCGUCACAAAGGGUGGCAACGUCGACGAGGCCGAAAAGGCGUUUUUGAAGGGCGCCGUCGAACGGGGUCUUACCGGCCUAAAGGGACACAGAAGCGUCGGAGGUAUCCGGGCGUCCAACUACAAUGCGAUUCCAGAAUCUGGUGUGCAGAAGCUGGCCGUAUACUUGAAGGAGUAUGCCACUGCAUAAAUAG